UGGCCAGCUAAGGCAGCUUCUUCCAGCCAGGCAGAGCGGUGGAUACUGUCGUUGAAGGACCCUGGCUGCGGAAUUUGUGGCUUUAGCAGAUUGAGAUCAUGGCAGGUCCAGAAGCUGAUGAACAAUUUCAGUUCACUGGUAUUAAAAAAUAUUUCAACUCUUAUACUCUCAGAGGUAGAAGGAAUUGUGUAUUGGCCACAUAUGGAGGCAUUGCUUGGAUUAUCUUAUAUUUCAAGUUAAGGUCCAAAAAAACUCCAGCUGUGAAAGCAACAUAAAUGGAUUUUAAACCAUCUCCGGUUCUUAACCUCAUCUGUUAAGUUCCAUGCCUGGAGAAGCUAAUCCCAACUCAUCAUGUGAUAAUACAAUUUGUACAAUACAUUAUGAACCUGGAAAAAAAAAA